AUGGCUAGUUAUAUUCGUCUAAGUGGACUGCCGCUUGGACCAAGUAAUUGUGUUCUCACUGAAAUCUCCGACAACGGGCAGCUAUCCCUGUCUCUGCGUCGACGCGUAGAUGUGCUCACACCAAACACUGCGCUGCUACACAACAAAGACCAGGCCAAAGCGCUAUGGAAGAAACAAUCCAAGUCCAUCUCAGAGGACGCUGCUAUACGCUCAAAGCCCUCACUCGGAGAGUACAACGUAUUCGAUACCCAAAUUCCUCUAUCUGAAUUCCCACCUGCGCAUAUGUACAUUGAAAACUAUCCACAUCCGUGUAUCGUUGAGCCAGUUUCUGAUUCGGCGUUGUGGAAUGGAUGGAAAUCAACGGCGUGGUCUCCUGCAAAUUUAACGUCUUACGGUGGCUGCUUACUAGCCACACUGUCUUCAAACUGCGAUUUGUUUAUCGUUGCACCGAAAGUAAAUUUCUUUGUUGGUAAAUGGCUACCGACGUUUGAUGUUUCAGCCAGGCUGAGAGAGUUUAACUUGAACCAACUCAACGACAAUGAUAAAUCUAAUCAAUUGGCCCUCUUUGGCGUUGCUCUCAAAUCUCAGAUACUCUGCAUGGCUUGGUCGAGCAAUCCUCCUACGUACAGCCUUCCAAUAACACCUAGGGACAUCUCAGUGUUGAUUACUGGAACUAAAUCUGGUGAUUUGUUUUUGUGGAGACACGUUCAACAUGGCCAAAUGGAAUUGGUAUCCAUGUUGGAAACACCGUCAGCAUGUUGGAUAUCCCUCAUCACCACUUCCGAAUGGCGCAGCUGCGAUGAUGGAUUCAUUCUGGAUAUCUACUUUGCUAACACUGACUACGACAUCUACGUGACAGCACUUAAACACUCAGACAGUACAAACACAACCUCAGUACACAGCGAACCAGCCAUACUACAGCCUUCGAAUGGUCAAUCUCUCACAACCUUCAAAUACAUGGACGGUGCUUUAAUAUGGACAACACCUGGAUCGCUAUUUAUUAAACAGGCGCUUAAGGAGGCCGUUGAGUUAGAUAUCUCGAAUCUGAGCAUGGUUGUUGGAUUGGAUAAACUGUCAUCAAACUUCUUAGUGCUGUGGUUCGCAGAUGGAGAAAUAAAAAUAAUCGACGUAUAUACAAGCUCCGUUAUUACUGCGUUGUCGAUUUCUGCAACUCGGAAACAGAGAAAGCUGUACGAAGAUAUCGCUGAGAGUGUGUACGGGUCGCGAGUGGGUAAGAUGCAAGCACCACUCGUCUACUCAGCGCGUAAACUUCCCAAUUCGAAUGGAUACGCGUGGUUGUUCUUUCACCGUUCACCUGAAGAUACAGAGUAUGUGGAGGAAGCCAAGCUGACAUGCAUUCUCUCAAUAAGCGAUAAUGUUCUACCUGAUGAGGAAGUGAGGGGAUCACUGAUUGACGAGAUCAGUGCAAACGUGAUGCAGCUCACCGAUAUAUGGAAGUCGUCGACUAGGGAUUUAAGCGGUGUGAUUGAGAGGUGUCAACAGCAAGUGAAUAAUGUUGAAUUGUUAACACUACUAGAUCAAUACUUUCACAAAUUCGUCGAAACCUACUCUAAUGUCAUACUCACGCACUACAACCCUGGCGCAUUUCAACAAAUCAACACAGCACCUAUAUCGCUCGAGAGUAGGAUAGAGCAGAUGCUGAGCUGUGACUUCUGGACCAUACCAGCAUUUGAUAUAAUACGCAAGGUGUACCUGCUCUCAACCCACCUUAACAUGAUGGUCAAUCAGGAUCGUAGAUUUAGGCGUGUCGAGCUCGAGGCUAUCCUAUUGAUUGGGAUACUUUUCAUGACUUGUCAGAGGGUGCUCGGACUUGCAGAAAUGCAACUAUUACCUGAGAAUUGCACUCAGAUAAUUGCGCGUCUAACACACGCAGCCAAGUAUAUACAGAGCUCACCACCUCAGCUCAUAGAGAUAGCUACCAAGAUUCAAGAUUGCUAUCCGGGUAUGGGGGACCAAGUGAUGGCCAACUCCACCCAGGACAUGAGUGAUCCACUCUCACUCACUCACUCGACCAACCUCGGUGAGAAUUGUCCAGCAAGCGGUCAACCCAUUCUAUUCGACGAUGUACGCAAAGGUGUCUCGGAUAUAGGCAUUAGCUGGCCCAGAUGUGCAGUGACGCUCAGCAUCCUGUCAGACGUCCACGUCAAGCGCAGCGUCAGCUCUGAGCAGGUGUACAAAGACUUGACAUUCGCCAAUGCCGACGAAAAUGGAAAUGAGCUCGAUAUCCUAACAUCAGCUCUGUCGUACUCUGCCAAGAAAUGUCUCUAUACGAACGCUCCGUUCGUACGUAUAAACGACAUCCAUUGA